ACAACUUUACACCUGAAUGAACGCCAAGCCUCUGGCUAUAUAAAGGGAACCUUGGGGAGGGAUUCCACAGUCAAUAGUGCAGAGGCAGGGGGAAAGAAUCAAGCGGCUCCUCAGCCAAGCAAAUCCUCCACUCAUCAUGCUUCCUCCUGCCAUUCAUCUCUCUCUCAUUCCCCUUCUCUGCAUCUUGAUGAAAAACUGUUUGGCUUUUAAAAAUGAUGCCACAGAAAUCCUUUAUUCACAUGUGGUUAAACCUGUUCCAGCACACCCCAGCAGCAACAGCACCUUGAAUCAAGCCAGGAAUGGAGGCAGGCAUUUCAGUAGCACUGGACUGGAUCGCAACAGUCGAGUUCAAGUGGGCUGCAGGGAACUGAGGUCCACCAAAUACAUUUCGGAUGGCCAGUGCACCAGUAUCAGCCCUCUGAAGGAGCUGGUGUGCGCGGGCGAGUGCUUGCCCCUGCCGGUGCUUCCCAACUGGAUCGGAGGAGGCUACGGAACAAAGUACUGGAGCCGGAGGAGCUCCCAGGAGUGGCGGUGUGUCAAUGACAAGACUCGCACCCAGAGAAUCCAGCUGCAGUGUCAGGACGGCAGCACACGCACCUACAAAAUCACCGUGGUCACGGCGUGCAAGUGCAAGAGGUAUACCCGGCAGCACAACGAGUCCAGUCACAACUUUGAAAGCGUGUCGCCAGCCAAGCCCGCCCAGCACCACAGAGAGCGGAAGAGAGCCAGCAAAUCCAGCAAGCACAGUCUGAGCUAGAGCUGGUCUGACUAGAAAGCAUCUGCUACCCAGAUUUGAUUGCUUGGAAGACUCUCUCGAGCCUGCCAUUGCUCUUUCCUCACUUGAAAGUAUAUGCUUUCUGCUUUGAUCAGGCCCAGCAGGCUGUCCUUCUCUGGGACCAUCUCUGGGACUAGCUUUUCCUUUGCAAGUGUCUCAAGAUGUAAUGAGUAGUUUGCAGCGAAAGCCAGGCAUCCUGUAGUUUCCAUCCCCCUCCCCCAGUCAUUUCUUAAAAAGCACCUGAUGCUGCGUCCUGUUACAGUUUAAAAAAAACCAAACGCUCUACUCCCUAGCCCGAUCUUAACCCUUCCCAAACUAAAUCCCUCAGAACCGGAGAAGUUCAUCGAAAAAUGUAUCUUCACAGAACAUUUCAGAAAGGAGGCUUUUCCAGUAGUUUUUAUGGGAAUAGUUUGACAGGCAGGGGUUAGCUUCCUUUGAAAGAGAGGCAAACCUUGUGACAUUUCACUUCAAAAAUAAGCCCGGUGGCAUUUUCCAGUCUCAGUGUGAAAUUAUUCCCCGCAUGUUGACCUCUGUUGGAGUGGAAUGCCAGCAAUGCAUGGCAGCAGCUAAUAGGUAAAGCCGGUUAUUUAUUUGUCAAUGUUGUUAUUUAAUGAGCUCUUGCAUGUGAUUUUUUUCAAAAAUGUUAAUUUUUUUUUUUUUUAUGUUUUGAAGCUUUUUCAUGUACCUAAAUAUUUCCCAAUAUGAUUUGUGGUUGGUUUAGAAAUAUGGAAAUAACAUGUUGUAGAUAUGUAAAGUAAAUAUUUUAGUCUCCUUAUAUAUUACAUGGUUUAUCAUACACUUUGUCAUUAGCAUGGUUCUCUGUAAAGCUGAAGUAGGUAAUACUUUAUUAUUUAGUCCAUGAAAUCAGAAGGCAGCUUGGCCUUCAAUGCCAUUGGUUUCUUUUAAUAAACAUAAACACUGCUAAAUGCUGUUGUCCUUGCCUCUGACGAGUAUAAAAAGGUGCAUGCUUGCAGACAUUGUAAAAUAAAGUUCUAAGUGUAAUC